GCAGAUUUCCAGACCGACCUGCUUUGAGUCUCGCCGUCAUCAUGCUGUGCCUGUGCCCAAGGAAGGAGGCGGCGGCUGAGUUCAGCUUGUAGUCUGGCUGCCUGAAACACAGAAGAGAUGUUGCUAGGGGAAGUCUCCAAAGACCUUCUGACUCGGCCACUGACCCGGAAUGAAGUGUUUGCUGUCCUCCUUCGCCUGACCGUCUUUGGGGCUGCCACCUACUUCAGCAUCAAGUGGGUAUCAGAUGCCUUGGACCCGACCCGUAAGCAAAGGAUACAACUAAAGAAAAAGGCGGAACGCUUGAUGAAGCAGAUUGGAGUGGAAGGAGUGAAGCUGGCAGAGCAUGAGAUGAUCAUUGCCACUCACCUGGUGGUUCCAAAGGAUAUCAAGGUAACUUGGAAGGACAUUGCAGGCCUGGAUGAGAUGGUCAGCGAACUCCAGGACACUGUGAUCCUCCCAUUCCAGCGGCGACAUUUGUUGCAGCACUCCAGGCUCUGCCAGCCCCCAAGAGGUGUCCUACUCUAUGGCCCUCCGGGUUGUGGGAAAACCCUUCUUGCCAAAGCAACAGCCCAGGCAUCAGGAUGCAGGUUCAUAAACCUGCAAGCAUCUACGCUGACGGACAAAUGGUAUGGAGAGUCACAGAAGCUCACAGCUGCCAUUUUCUCACUGGCAACCAAGCUUCAGCCCUGCAUCAUUUUCAUAGAUGAAAUAGAUGCCUUCUUGAGGAACCGCUCCAAAGCUGACCAUGAAGCCACUGCCAUGAUGAAAGCAGAGUUUAUGAGCCUUUGGGAUGGUCUGGAGACUGGAACCAAUUGCCAGGUAAUGGUGCUAGGAGCAACCAACAGACCGCAGGAUGUAGAUCCAGCCAUCCUGAGGAGAAUGCCAACUACCUUCCAGAUUGGCCUGCCUACACAAAGGCAGCGGCAGGAUAUUCUGAAGCUCAUUCUUGCUGGAGAAAAUGUGAGCAAUGCUGUGAACUUGAAAGAGAUGGCUGAGAAAACAAAAGGUUACUCAGGAAGUGACUUGCGGGAAUUGUGCCGGGAUGCUGCCAUGUAUCGUGUGCGUGAUUAUGUCCGAAAGCAACAAAUGAAGCAGAUUGCUUGGAUGCUCCAUGAUACAGACAGUGGGGAAGAAAGUGACCUGGAAGAGGAACGCUUGCGGCCACUGACCCAGCUUGACUUGUUGUUUGCCCUAGAGAAGAUGGAGGAGUCCAAGGGUGCGUCAACUGCUGUGCCGACACUAGAAGAACCAGCUUUGGACUAAGCUGCUGGACCAUGUAGCUGAGAGACUGGAGACCAUCAACUUAGAAUAGGGUGCCCAGAGGUUAGGUUGACUGUUCACUGUAUUUUUACUAAACUGGAGGCAAAGGUUGUAUAUGUAUAUGUGUGAGAUGAUAGAUUAGAUAGAUAGUCUCAGAACACAGGCUCAGCACUUAGGAGGAAAGGUGAAAGGGAAGGGAAUCUGGGUCAAGCACACCCACCUUGGGUGGAGUGGGACAUAACAGACACUUGUAGGAAUGGAGAAACUCAUGUCAAAAGAAAGA